AUGGUUCUGCGCAUCCACGAGCCGCCUUGCAACCACGCGCACGUUGUAUGCAAUACUAUGGCGCCGAAGCGGAGAAACACCGAAGACGCUGGUGUGGCGCCGCAGAAGAGGUCUCGCAACAGUACCGUAACCCCGAGCACCGUGACGUCGAUCCUGAAGGCUAACAUUCUCGGAGGUGUUGCGGAGGACACACCCGACCAGGACUAUGCGACAGACGACUCUGCUGAUUACAAGGUCAAUUUCACCGACAACGGCACUUUGAGGGCAGAGAGCGAGGCCCGUCGCCAAUGGAACUACGUCUGCCCAACCUGCUCGCAACGCUUCAACCGACCAUGUCGCCUCGAGACACACAUGCGAAGCCACAACAAGGAGCGACCAUUUAUCUGUACCGAGCCCGGCUGCAACAAGACGUUCCCUCGUAAAGACCACUUACAGCGUCACCUCAAGAACGCCCAUAGCGACCCUGCGACCGAGCGGACAUUCACAUGCGAUUGGACCGGGUGUGGCAAGAGUUUCACCUCCAACGGCAGGCUCCAGAGGCACAGAGACGUCCACGAGUCCAAAUUCUACUGUACCGACUUCCCCCCGUGCAACGAGGCUUUUAGGAAGGCGAAGGCGUUGGAGGCACAUGUCAAGAUCCAGCACAUGGACGUCAAGCCCUUCACUUGUUCUCACGUGGACCAAGAGACCGGCGAGAAAUGCGCGAGUGGCUUUCAGACUGAGGGCGCAUUACAACGGCAUAUGGGCAAGACACAUGCAGACAUACAAGGGCAGGGCCACUUCUGCAUGCUGUGUGCGACGGCUGGAGUAGACGCGGACACAAUGCAGAGCGAGUCUGUUGACACAUCCACCAUCCCGCCACACUUACCGUCUUUCGCGACAAAAGACGAGCUGAACGUGCACACAGCCGAGUGUCACCCACCUAUAUGUACACAGUGCGGUCAGAAGUUCAAGACUGCAUCCAAUCUCAAGACACACUUCGACACCGUCCAUGGGCACCCACAAGAACAAACGCAGUUCCCUUGUCCCAGACUAGGCUGUGAGAGUGUCUUCAACCGGAAACACAACCUCACUGUUCACAUUCAGACGGUCCACGACAAGCAGUUCAGGUACUCAUGUACCCCCGAUGCUCUGCAGAAUUCAAAACACCCAGAUCUCCAAGCCUGGAACGGAGAGAAUGCCUGUGGCGCCUCCUUCAAGGCCAAGUCGUCUCUCGAUCAGCAUGUUCGGAAAAAUCAUCUUGGUCUCGGCAACCGCAAGCAGCUCCGGAAGGCCGCAAAGUCAAAGAAGAAGCCGGAGCCUUCGAUGCUUACCAUGCUUACCGGUGUUGGCUAUGAGCAAGGCCGCGAGGUGCCCUGUUUGGUGAAGACGUGCGAGUACCGCUUCUACAUGGACCGUGAUUUACGCCGUCAUCUGCUCGCAGAGCAUUAUAUUCCCGAGGACGAGAUCGAAGACAUGAUACAGGAGCGCGAUGCUGUCAGUGGAGGGCAGUUCUGGAUUGGUGGGUUCGACGACUCAAUGAGCAUGUUCGACUCUGCUACGCCCAGCAUCCCAGAGACGCCUGCUCCAUACCUCAUGGAGAGCAACAUGCCGAUGCUACCAUAUUCUGACUUGAAGAGCAUGGAUGGGCAAAAUGCUUUAUUCGAUCAGCAAUUCGACCAGCUCUCACUCAUAAAGGAUGACGCUGAGAUGGACAUGGCGAUGGGGUUGGGUCACCUGCCACCAGCCACGGACGCCCGAGAGAGUUUACAAUGGGACAUGCUAGCCCCCGUUGAGCAGUACAACAGCGAUCUCUCUCGUGGCUGA